AAAAAAAAGCAACGGCCACCAGGUCGACAGAGGACCAUGUUUGUCCCCCUGCCGGUGCCCUUCGUCUUUCAGAGAACAGCGUCCGACUUCAGCGCCUGGAGACUCAAGUCCUCGCUGGCUCCGCGGUCCAGCCCCGAUAUCAAGAUGGCCAAAGCAUCAGGGGAGGAGAAGCCUGGAGUGGACUACCCAGGGGAUAGUUCAGACUCUGACAGAAACAGCCCUGAUGAGCAGGUUCAGACGAUAAAAUCCAGCCCCUACAGCCUCUCGCCCUCAACUGGCACCAAGGGAAAGAGUGAAGAGAGAUCUGAGAUGACGCACAGCAUCGCUCCUCCCGUGCCUCCCUCCCAGCAGCAUCAGCAGCAGCAGCAGCACCAGCAGCAGCAGCAGCAGGCUCAGCACCACCACACCCAGCUGAUGCUCGCUGGCAGUCAGCUAGCAGGGCUUGCCGCUCUCCUUCCGGCCCAGCAGCAGCUGCUCCUUCAACAGGCUCAGGCUCAGCUUCUAGCAGCGGCCGUUCAGCAGUCCAACGCCGCCCAUGCCGCUCAUGCUGCCCAAGCCGCUGCACAGCAGCAAGCCAACCAGCAGCAGCAGAACCAAACGCAAUCCCAGCAGCAGCAGCCGACCAAACAGGAACAAGCAGUGCAGGCCGCCCCUCCACAGCUGGCCCUCUCACAGCCGAUCCAGCUCACAGCACAGGACAUCCAGCAGCUGCUGCAGCUCCAGCAGCUGGUUUUGAUGCCUGGUCAUCCCCUCCAGUCUCCUGCCCAGUUCCUCCUGUCGCAGCCAACGCAGGCUCAGCAGCAACAGCAGGGUUUGCUUUCAACUCCCAAUCUGAUCCAGCUACCUCAGCAAAGCGCCGGGGGACUGAUAACAACCCCCCCUCGAAUGGGACUCCAAGCACAGAGAGAUAAGAUCAGCGAUGUGGGCAGCAGCGGCAGCAGCGGGAGCGCUGCACUUCCUGGCGGAAGCAGCAGCGUUGUGACAUCUGCUGGAGCCACCUCUGCCUCCAGCAGUGCCAUGGCCGCCUCCUUAUCCUCCAGCCUGACCCCAGCAGGUCAGGGGGCCCACAUGGGUGAAGAGCCCAGCGACCUAGAGGAGCUGGAGCAGUUCGCCCGGACCUUCAAACAACGACGCAUAAAGCUGGGAUUCACGCAGGGUGACGUUGGCGUGGCCAUGGGGAAGCUGUAUGGCAACGACUUCAGCCAGACCACCAUCUCCCGUUUUGAAGCUCUCAACCUGAGCUUUAAGAACAUGUGCAAGCUGAAGCCGCUGCUGGAGAAAUGGCUGAGUGACGCAGAAACGAUGGCCGUGGACAGCAUGCUGCCAAGUCCCUCCUCCCUCUCCUCUCCCUUGAUGGGCAUGGAGGGUCUGCCAGGACGGCGCCGGAAGAAACGCACCAGCAUCGAGACCAAUGUCCGAGUGAUCCUAGAGCGCAACUUCAGCACGAACCAGAAGCCCACGUCAGAGGAAAUCCUGCUGAUGGCUGAGCAGCUCAACAUGGAGAAGGAGGUGAUUCGCGUUUGGUUCUGCAACCGUAGACAGAAGGAAAAGCGCAUCAACCCGUCCAGCAGCACCACCCCUCCUCUACCCAGCCAGACUUCACCUGUCGUGACGCACAAAGCCCCCUGCUACAGCCCACACAUGAUAUCGAGUCAGGGUCUGUCCCAGGUCACCACCAGCCUCAGCACAACAGGCGCCAGCCCCUCACCUUCAGCAUCCUGCCCCAUGACUCCGGUCAGCUCCGCCACCAUCUCCUCUUCUGCAACUCCGCCUCCUCAUAGCACAGCCAGCCCGGCCCCACCCAACUUUGGGAGCUCAGGGCUCAACACUGGGAACACAAUGAUGGGAGUAAGCACAGGGAUGAACCAGGCCCUCAUUGGCAGUAAUCCCCUGGCUACCAUGCAAGCGCUGGCAGCCAGCGGCGGGCAGCUGUCUCUCUCCAGCCUUGAAGGGGGUCAAGGUCACAUCCUUCUGGGAGGACCUGGGGGCCCCACUGUUUCCUCUUCUCUUCGUCCCUCUCUCUUCCUCAACCGCCCUGGCCUCCUGCCUAUGGUCACCUCCAUGGCGACAACCUCCACACCCACCAUGGGGUUGGUCAGCAGCAGCGCCGGCAGUGGGUGUGGCCUGAGGCCCUCUUUUUGCCAGUCUCCGCCCACUGGCACCAGCAACCUCAUGAGCCCCAGUUUGUGCCAAGAGGAGUCAGUGUCCCCUUGUUCAAGCCCCGCCUCUUUCUGUUCCUUCAGCGAAGCUUCGCCACCCACUUUGGGCGGGACCAUGGCCGACUGAUCGCUGAGUGGCACCCAAAGAGCCUUCUCCGAGCUGGAUGAGGAGGAGGAGGAAGAAGAGCAUCAAUGACGCUUUAAGAAUCUAAAUCUACAACCUCGCCUUUUAACCAAAGCCAUCUCUCUGUCUGCUUCUCCCUGGUUUCGCCUCUCUCUGUGCUCCUCACCACUGAAGUCUUCUGAAGCCAAAAAUUGUACACAGACCGAUGAGGGGGAUGGAGAGGAGAGAGGAGAACUGGAGAAGAUAGAGAGAACUGCUGGGCAAGGGGGACGGACGGACUUGAAAACCAAAUAAUUAACUACAGUUGGAGAAGCGGCACUGAAACGCAUUUUUGCCUAACAGAAAAAAAACGGAUGACUUGCUUUUAGAGGCUGCAGACAACAGAGGAAAAAAAACGAUGAGGUCAGGGAUGAAGACUGUGUGUGAGAAACAGGAGGCGAGGAAAAGACUGACGUGAGCCUGGAUAGUCAUAUGAUGCUUGAGAGGAGGAUGCCUGAUAGGAACACACACUUGUUUGAUGUAAACCAAAAUCUCCAAGAUACCAAAAAACUAAAAACCAAAAAAAGACAACAAACGGAGAGAAAAGCUUUAGUUCCAAAAGACUUUUACUUGUGAUCUGUCCAGCUUUCAUUCAUUGUCAUUUCAUCUAGGAUUGAUUUUUUCCAUUUUUUUAGUCCAAGACUUGCAUCUAUUUUUCUAUUGUUUUGUACUCAUCUUUCAUAGGACGCUUAGUCUGUUACACCUGAACCCAGGAUAUCUACCUCCCUGUCUUAGCCACUUGAGACUGAUCGUCCAACUUUACAGCGGCGGAUCAGUUGACCUCUAUAAUGACAGCCCACAUUAAACAAAGUAACCUAAAAACUAUCUCCUAGGGGGGUCGGUGUCAUUAAUCCCAGGUAAACAUUUAAACAUUUGGGGGUUUGUCGUUUUUUUGUUCAAAUGAAGGAAUUCUUAACCAAAUAUUCAUCUUCAGCAUUCAUCUAAUGUCUGGAAACCAAAGUAUGGACUCACACCAAAGGCAAAGAAUUAUGCUUUCUUUUGCAUUGUUUCCCGUCUUUGAUUUGUUACCACUCAACAUCACGCCAUCUUCCAGACCGCUCAUCUUCUCCCACCAGACAGUCACUCUCGGAUACCAAAGCCUAACCUCUGGCAGCGUUGUCUCUGGAUUCGCCUGGAGACGAGUGUCCAGACAAACCUCAGCAGUGUCAAAGGAGAAACAUACACACACGUCUUGCAAGCUUAACAAAGACCAAAAAAAAAAAAAAAAAAAAAAAAAGAACAAAAGGAGGAGGUGAAACACUGACGUUCCCCAAACUGCCCCCAAACCCUGCCCUCCCUGCAUUCCUCCCAUCUGCCCCUCUCCUUUGUCUCCAAAGAUCACAUCAAAAGGCCAAAAGAGAUGAGGAGGAGAAGGAGUAGCGGUCAGGAGCAGAGGAGCCAACGGUUGGAAUAAGCCUCCGGGAGGGGGGGAAAGCAGGACAAAAGAAGGGGAGAGGCAGGAGCGCUUGAAGCAGCGGACCAAAAAAAACCAAAAAGUCACUCAAAACCAAAAGCUACUUUAACUGCUACUAGUUACUGUAUGAAUGAUUAAACUGUAAGCAAACCAAAUACAAACAAAGAGGGGGAGGGAGCUAGGGAGAAAAGGGGUGAGUAAAGCCCUGUCUGUCCGUAUUUAUCUGUGAUUGCCGUCCUCGUGUCAACAGACAGAAACGCUCCCUCCUUCCCUCCCUCUGCCGACAGCUUUCCUCUCACUUUCCUUUCCUGGACAGAUGGAGUAAGGAAUAACCUCAACAAACUGACUUAAGAAUAUAUAGAUUUUGAUUUUUUUUUUAUUUCCAUUGUGCGUCUGUUCCUGAUGUCUGGGUUCGUCUCAUUGGUUUUUGCUUUUAACGGAGAAUGGGACGUUUUCCCAUGGUGUCUCUUUGAUUGUGCUCCAGGUUUUUAACUUUUGAUUUGCGCUAACAAAAUGUAAAAAUGUAGCUUCCAUGAGAGAAAAAGAUUUUUUUUUAAACUCAUCAGUUUGUUCAGAAUGUUUAACAUUACAAAGCCAAAACUUAAAACCAAAAUCUUUUUUUUUUUUGGUACAAACCAAAUACAGCAACCUGUUGACCAAUGCACAAGCUGUGUGUCAGACUGCGUUCCUGCAUGAGUGCCGAGAUUAAUCCUCCACAGACGAAGCCAACGGGACACAAAAUCCCUGCUUUCACCAUCACACUGAUCUCUCCUCUGUUUGACCCCUUUAGCUCCCAUCACUCUCAUUUGGAUCAGAUCAGAUAAAAAAAAGUUGGAACUUAAAUCUAAAAAUGGAAACACUUGCAAUUCUUGGAACAUCUUCAGCCGCCUGACUGACGAUGAAAACCAGCGUGUUUUAUCGCAAAUGUCCCACUUCUAAAGUUAACUUUUGGGAGAGACGAUCGGAGGGAUUGGAAGAGACGUGAAAGCAAAACCAGCAACAAGCUUUAAGGCAAACUUUACACCAUAAAACAUGUUCAUCCGCUCAUGUUUUAUCCGUUCAUGAUGGUUUGAGAACCCAAAGCUUUAAAACUCUUCACAGGCUCCUUGUUGGGUAAAAAACUUGUAUUUAUUGUGUGAGCAAGGUGUGUGCUUGAUGUGGAAUAUUAUGUCUAUAAUGUCUCUAACCUUAUUUAUUUAUUGAUUCUUAUUUAUGUAUUUAUGGAUUCUAUUUAAGUCCUCUUUGUACUAGCUUUUCAGGGGUAAUAGUGAGGCAGGAAGGUGGUCUUGAGUUCAAGGCGAGAAGAUCUCAGACGAAUGUUGCAGAGCAAACCCAAACCUAACGACUGUUGAAACAGGAGACGGGGAGAUAGGAGGUGGGAAAACCGCGGUGGAGGAACUUCUCAUUAUCAGGUUCAGGUUUCUUCAGACUUUCAUGUCACCUUUACUCACCCCUCAUGUAAAAACGGAUCAAUACUUCUGUUUCCAUAUAAAGAGUUUAUAGUUUUCUCACCAGGUUAUGGUUAAGGUUUCCAACCCCCAGCGGUCACCAAGUUAACAACAAAGAAAAGAAAAAAAAUCACCAACUAUUGAAGUUUUUGUUUUUUUAAACUUUCUUUAGUUCUUUUGAAAUUAAACAAAGUCAAAAGAAGACUAGCUGUUAUUUUAGCAUGUUAGACUCAGUUUUACAUGGCUUUUUGGCCAAGAUGUAGUUGCCUGAAAAGUUUUAUUGAAACCCAAAGCAAGUUAUCUUUUCCAGAUGUGUCAUCAACAUUGACUGUAUGUGAGAACUGGACUGAGUGAGUGUGAUGUCACCCUUAGAAAAGGACUUACUUACAGCUCCAAUGAAUCAAAGUCAAUUCAGUCAGCAUAUUUUCAUAACCUGAACGCCUGCAUGUUGGAACCAGACAAUGUCAGUAAGUAGUUAUUGAGCGGAGUCGGCCUGAGUUAACAUUUUAAUGGCAACCAUUCUCACCAAUCAGGGGUGAGCUUGUUGGAAGUCCACACCCCUAGUAAUUCAAAGCGGGCUCGGGAGAAUCUGUCAAUCAAAUGCUUUGAACCUAUUUUAAUUGAGGCGUCUUGGUCAUUUUAAAACUUUAAUUUAAAAAAAUUGGGAUUAACGGGAUUUUAAAAAGUUAGCAGAUCGAGAAUGGUUAUUCUGAGAAGAAGAAGACUGUUUCCACAAAGAAGUCUAUGGGAUUUUGGCUUCUCAGAACCCGCAGGUAUUUCCUGUUUGGAACACCAUGGGGGAGGGGUCACUCAGUCCAGUUCGCAUAUACAGUCAAUGGUUGUCACCUGUGUCAUCGAGUCGAGCCUCGUUCACUCCAUACAAUAAUGCAUUUGAUUUGAUCUAAACUUUUCCUUUUCCUCCUCUGUAAGUUUUCCCCCUUUUCGUCUCCUCAUUGCGCUUCAUUCUCUCCGUCUUAAUGGAGGGCCGGGGGGGGCUGGACACAUACCUCUGAUCCUCUGAUGAAAAACCAAAUAGAGUCUCAAGCUUUAAUGAAGAAAGACAAAACACAGAAUACAUCAUUUGUCUGAACUCAGGAGUGAGGGGUGUGAAGCUAGCCCUUGCAAGAAUUUCAUGAACCGCUUGUUCCAAUGGCUUUAACCUCCAUGUUUGGGGGUGUUGGGGGUGUUGCUCUUUUUGUGUACUCAUCAUUGCUGUUGAAGGGAGAAAAACAGAAUCCUGUUUACCAGAUUGGACGUGGUGUUUUCAGCGAGUCGCUCAGCACUCGGAUGUGUUCCAGGUUCACUGUGGGGACUGAAAAAAACAAAAAAAAACAACGGAGCGGUGGUCAAAUUAAACGCAACCUAUAUUUCCUGCGUUGGCGUUGUUUGCUCCCACUGCAGUGCAGCUCCGUCUGUAUGUGUGCCUGUGCAGCCUGUGGUGGACCCCGAUUGAUACCAAAGCUAAACCUGCCACAGCGGGACGCUACACUACAAACACAACUCACACACUCAGUCAUUCCAUGUGUAUAUAAGCAUUCAGGGUUCUUGUUCACACUGAUAGUGACAUCCAGCACCUGGGUUUAAUGUAGAUAAACGGCCACACAUAACAGCACUUCAGACAUUGGCAGCUUUUUAAUGAAGUUCUUCUGUGGCUGUGAAAUUUUCUGAACCUCUCAUGUCACCUGGAAACAUAAGAGACUUCUUUUGGCCUUGAUGAAAACAAAAAAAUUCCUGUUAGCA